AUGUCAUCACGGCAGGCCGGUCCCCCUCUCCAUCCUCCGUCGUCAGGCCCACCAGGCUCCCUCCCGCCCGGAACGCUGGUCCAAGUGGGCCCCUACACCGUAUCCGUCAAACGGUACCUUUCGCAGGGUGGCUUCGCAACAGUCUACCUUGUCAACUCGGAUCGACCACUCCCCAUCCCUACGCUGCACGGUACGUCUCGCAACGAGACGCUUCACGUCUUGAAGCGCAUCGUCGUGCCGGACAAGGAAGCUCUCGCUGAUGUUCGCAGAGAGGUCGAUGUGCAUAAACUCCUCCGAUCAGACGCAGCCGUUGUCCACUUUCUCGAAGCAUCAGCCCUCUGCCUACCCCCACCCCAGACGGGCUAUGACGUCUACAUUCUCAUGGAGUACUGCUCCGGCGGGGGGCUCCUCGACCUCCUCAACACGCGCUUGCGCAACCGGCUCAGCGAGAACGAAGUCUUGCACAUAUUCCUCGACGUCUGCAAAGGCCUCGCAGCGAUGCAUCAUCUCGACCCGCCCGUCGCUCACCGAGACCUCAAGAUAGAGAAUAUACUCAUCGUAGCCCCUACCACCCCGGGGGGCAAGCCCACCUACAAGUUGUGCGAUUUUGGAAGCGCAAAGCCCAUCCUCUCACGCCGCGCACCGCGCUCCAUCGAAGAGCUCAAGCGACUCGAGGCCGACCUGAACAAGAGCACCACACUGCCGUAUCGCCCGCCAGAGAUGGUCGAUGUCUAUCAACGCCGCGUGAUAGAUGAAAAGGCCGACAUAUGGGCAAUGGGCGUACUCCUCUACAAGCUCUGCUACUACACGACGCCAUUCGAGGAGAAUGGUGGUGGGCCACUCGCCAUCCUCAACGUGAAAUACCGUUUCCCUUCCAAUCCGCCUUACUCGGAUCGGAUCAAAGGAUUGAUCGCUUCGCUCCUCGUCGACCCGGCGGCCAGGAGACCCAGCAUUGAUCAGCUG